AUGCAAAAUAGAUUCUAUUUAUGGACUGACUCGACCAUCGUCCUAGCCUGGUUGCAAUCAUGCAACCGUACCUGGACACCCUUCGUAGCCAAUCGCGUUGGAGAGAUACAACAAUUGACCGCAAUACAAAACUGGAAACACAUACGAAGUGAGGACAAUCCCGCAGACCCAUUGUCAAGAGGCAUCAUGCCAGCAUCUUUAUCUCAUCUACAAAUUUGGUGGACAGGUACUCCGUGGCUAACGCUUGAUAAGAAAAAAUGGCCUCAAGGUCUACUUGUCACCUCUAAUCAAGACGCACCAGAAAGGAGGUCUAAAUGCAUCACCACGCUAGCAACUAAUGAUCAAGAUUUUAACAUCUUCAAUCGAUACUCAAGAUUUACAAGAUUGAUUCGAAUCGUUGCGUAUAUCUUUCGAUUCUUCAAAAACGCAAGAAAUAUUGGAGGAUCUAUUAGAAGAUCUCAAGAAUCUAUUACGCCUGCACGAAUAAUUCAACCUAUAACCACUGACGAAAUAAAUCACGCCAUUCAGAUAUUGGUAAAACUUGUACAGAAAGAUUGUUUUUCAAAGGAGUUGCAUUCAUUAUCUAAUCAAGGCAUCAUAUCUCCAAACAGUCCUGCAUCAAGGUUAAGCCCAUUCAUCGAUGAAACUGGAAUCUUGAGAGUCGGGGGCCGUCUACAAUCUUCAUCGUUGCCGCGCUCAGCAAAGCAUCCCAUAUUAUUGCCUGGACGACAUUCAUUAUCACACCUUAUCAUAAUGCACGAACAUGAAAAACACUUACAUGCUGGACCUCAAGCUACACUCGCUGCCGUUCGACAGAACUAUUGGCUCGUCUCAGCGCGAGAUAUUGUUCGUCAGAUCACUCGAAAAUGUACCAUUUGUUUUCGCAGUGCACCGAAACCAGCAUCAACAAUCAUGGGUAAUCUGCCCAAGCCACGAAUUACAGUACCCUCAAGGGUCUUCGAAAAUUGCGGAGUAGACUACGCCGGUCCAUACUACUACAAGCAAGGAUUGAGAAAAAAUACCAAGUUAAUAAAGUGCUAUAUGACAAUAUUUGUCUGUUUUGCAACGAAGGCCGUCUACAUUGAGUUAGCCACGGAUAUGACUUCAGAAGCAUUUUUAAAUGUUUUCAAGCGAUUUAUCUCCAGGCGAGGAUAUCCAGCCAACAUAUACUCCGACAAUGGCCUAAACUUUGUAGGUGCAGAACGUGAAUUGAACGAGUUAGUUGUAUUAUUCAAGAAUCAAAAAUUCCAACAUGAAAUCGCUGGAUACAUGAGCGAUAAAAAUGUACAAUGGCACUUUAUCCCACCCAGAGCACCUCACCAUGGAGGGCUUUGGGAAGCUGCAGUCAAAAUGGCUAAAGUGCAUAUAUCUCGAAUAACCAAAGACGCUCACCUAAGAUAUGAGGAGCUACAAACGUUGCUUAUUCAAGUCGAAGCAAUCCUUAAUUCUAGACCACUCACGCCUAUGUCUUCUGAUCCUGAUGACCUUGCACCUUUAACAGCAGGACACUUUUUAAUAGGGGGACCUCUAACGUCUUAUCCCGAACCAUCAUUGGAGAAUCUUGCAAUCAAUCGUUUAUCACGCUGGCAGCAUCUGGAGCAAUUGAGGCAACAUUUCUGGCGACGUUGGACGAAGGAAUAUCUUCAUCAUCUCCAGCAACGCAAUAAAUGGCAAUCUAUUGAUUCAUCAAUAUAUAAAGGGCAAAUAGUAAUUCUAAAGGAGGACAACAUGCCACCUUUAUCUUGGCCCCUAGGAAGAAUAUCAGAGAUCCAUCCGGGACACGAUGGAAUCGUUCGCACGGCUACCAUCAAGACAACUAAAGGUUCUUAUAAGCGCCCUAUCACACGUUUAUGUUUACUUCCUUUCGAUAAUGAGCCUCAGUCAUGA